AUGCCGAUAACACGUAACACAGCUAGGAGGUCCAACAGGACAAGGAAUGGUAACCUCCCGAGCAACUUUGUCGAGAAUCCCGACGCUCUUCUCAGGCCGUCGAACGCCCGCGUAAGAGCAAGACGCGAGACGCAGAGAGCGGCGGCGGCAGCAGUAGCUAGGGCCGCCAACGCAGCAGCAGCACUGUUGAUUCGUGAUUCUCCUGCUCCAGUACCUGCAGCAGAUCUGCUACUAGACAACGCUCUUUUGGAGAGCAGUUCAGAGGGCAGGCCAGAAGCCCGGAAUGAUACAGCAGUGUCGAAGCCGCAGGGCAAGCCCAAGGGCAAGUUGGAGAGGAAGCCAAGAGGAAAGCCGAUGCAUUUGAUGCCACGUACGAAACCUCCGCCAGCCGGACCCUCAACUCCUCCUCCGAGGACUCCUCCAGGGGAUCACCCGCCCAGGAUCCUCGCCAUGGUCACCGCCACUGAGGAAUGCAUGUACAACGGUCAAGACAAGGCUUCAUUACGGGUCAUGGUGCAGGUCCACUCGGUAUACCCCUAUUUCCGAAGCUGCCUUGGAUACCAAGGCUAUAUUUCCCUGCGCAGGCCAGGCUAUGGCGAGGACGAUUUCGAGCGCAACAAGAUGGGUGUCAUCUCCGGGUGGCGGAUCUCGAAGCCAACAUGUCACCAGCCAAACAUUGACGACAAGAUUUGGGUCGAAGAAUGGCUCAAGGACAAACCAAGCGAGACAAAGUAUCCAAACGGAAAUCUAACUAUAGCAAACGCCUUGCGCUCGAUCUAUCACGCCGAUGGUAAGGUUCGUGGCAGGGUGGUCAAGCAAGAACACCGCGACGGCCUUUCAAACGAUGACAAGGGCACUGACCUGCUUUAUAUCUGUACGUUUUAUAUUCGGCCAUACAGUCAAGUCGAUCCCAACGUAUCGUACAAAGGUAACGGGUAUGCAACUCAGGCCCUGGACAUGUAUUACCGGCUGCUCAUGGGCGGGAUCUUGCCCGCGUGGUAUACCAUCGACGGGCCGCUCACCAUCAUUCUAGAGCCCGGAUUCAUUCCAGAUCCGGAAAUCUCGGCAGGCUGGCGAGAAACGGGACCAACCGGCGAGACUGAGGAUGAGCUGACCUUGAGAGUAGCGACAACUCUUGUCGAUUUCUAUCGGGCCAGGGGAUACACGAUAUAUGCCAAUAUAAGCACAGCAACGUGGCCACACAUCUUCAAUACCAUGGGCCGUUGCAUCGAACCAUCAGAGUUUGUGAAACAUUCCACGGACGAGAUCGCCGAGGCAGGAAGCUUUCUGGACCUGCAUCCGCCCACACCGCAGCCCCCGUCGUCUAGUUGGGGCCCCUCGCCUGAGGCCCAUAGUGACCCAUCCAGGAGGUCUGUCCGACCCAAGACUGGCACACCAGCAGGGCCGCCCCCAUCAUCACCAACACCGGUGCGGUCGCCGCAUGGACCGCAGGUUAUGCCAUGA